AUGCAACCUGAGCCCAACGGCGGUCGGCCGCUCUCCGGUACGGAGAUCCGGCCGGCUCGGUUACACGAACCUUCCCGGCCCGGCGACGACGGCGACGGCGACGACAACGAUGACGCAAGAGACAUGGAACGACAACAGCAGCAGCAGCAGCAGCAAUUUCUGUCUCAUCAUCGUGACCCUUCCCCGGACACGCGUCGUGGCCGAGACAACAAGGCCUUGCACCCGACCGCCGGAGAGCACUUUCGUCACUUGUCCCUGAGUCCGGCACCCAGCGGCAGACUCUCCCCGGCACCACACGGCUUGUACAGCCCGGCCCACGGGCAAGUCCUGCAGCCCUACAAGACAUCACCAUGGGGUCGCUUCUGGGACCGCAACAAGCCUGCCAUCCUCGUGGCGCUGUCCCAGCUGUUCGGUGCCUCCAUGAACUUGAGCGCCCGCCUGCUCGAGCUCGAGGGCGAGGGCAUGCACCCCGUCCAGCUGCUCCUCCUCCGGCAGAGCCUGACGGCCGUGUGCUGCCUGGCCUACAUGUGGUGGAUGAGAGUUCCCGACUUCCCCAUCGGCAAGCCGGAAAUCAGGUGGCUGCUCGUCGCCAGGGGCGUCGUGGGCUUCUUUGGCAUCUUCGGCAUGUGGUACUCCAUGAUGUACCUCCCGCUGGCCGACGCCACCGUCAUAACCUUUCUGGCGCCCGGCGUCGCUGGCUUCGUCUGCUGGUUCCUGCUGCGCGAGCCCUUUACGCGAUUCGAGCAGCUGGCGACCGUUGUGGCGCUCCUCGGCGUCGUCUUGAUAGCGCAGCCCACGGCCCUCUUCUCCGACGCCACGGCCUCGACGGGCGGCGACGAUCACUCGACGACGACGAUGACGACGACGGAGCCGCCCGAGAAAGGGCUGCCGGGGGCGGACCACCAGACGACGGCGCAGGAGCGGCUCGUGGCCGUCGGCGUGGCACUUCUAGGCGUUCUGGGCGCGGCCGGGGCCUUCACGACGCUGCGCUCCAUCGGCAAGCGGGCGCACCCGCUCAUCUCGGUCAACUUCUUCGCCAUGACGAGCACCGUCAUCUGCGUCGUGACGCUGUGCGCCGCGCCGCAGCUCGACAUCGGCCAGCCGGCGCUGCGCUGGAUCACGCCCACCUCGCUCAAGCAGUGGUUCCUGCUGCUGAUGCUGGGCGCCCUGGGCUUCGUGAUGCAGUACCUCCUCACGGCGGGGCUGGCCGCCGACAAGUCCAACCGGGCCAACGCCAUGGUCUACACGCACAUGCUCUUCGCCGUGGCCUUUGACCGCUGGGUGUUUGGCCACCGCAUGGGCGUCAUGAGCUUCCUCGGCUGCGCCUUGAUCCUGGGGAGCGCCAUCGGCGUCGUCCUCAUGAAGAAGCCCCCCGCGCCGCCCAAGCUCGAGGACGUGGAGAGACAAAACAACCUGAGUGGCGAGGCCGAGGGCUCGCCGAUGCUCAUGGGCGUCGGCGGCAACGCAGAAAGUGUACACUUGGAGAGGAUGCGGUAG